AUGAUGCAGCGUUUGACAUACCGUCGGAGGCUGUCCCACAAUACAGCCUCUAACAAAACUAGGCUAUCCCGAACCCCUGGUAAUAGAAUUGUUUACCUUCAUACCAAGAAGGUUGGGAAAGCACCAAAGUCUGCUUGUGGCGUGUGCCCAGGCCGACUUCGUGGAGUUCGUGCUGUUUGUGCCGUGAGACCUAAAGUCCUAAGGAGGUUGUCUAAAACGAAAAAACAUGUCAGCAGGGCCUAUGGUGGAUCCAUGUGUGCCAAAUGCGUCUGUGACAGGAUCAAGCGUGCUUUCUUUAUUGAGAAGCAGAAAAUCAUUGUGAAAGUAUUGAAAGCACAAGCCCAGAGUCAGAAAGCUAAAUUAAAAAAAUGA